UUUCUGUUCUGCUUGAAUGUCUCGAGGGCUUUUUAUUCUUCCAAUGUUUGCUAUUAUUCUGACAACCUUCUCGUACACCCUGGCUCUGGCGCUCUUCUGCCAGGCCCUGGGAUCGGGCAUCCGCCUCUCCUUCAUGCGGAUCCCGCUCACGCCGCCCAUUGCCCCACCGGCACUGCUGAAGGUCGCGGCCAAGUCAAAGAGCACGACCAACGUCUCUGCGCUGCCCCAGCUCCAGACGGUGCGGCCCGCGACCACAUACAAGUGCAACAAGGACUUUUUCAUCAGCUCCUGCGACGGCGGCGAAUGCUCCGCCUACCAGAACCACCCGACAUACCAGAGAGUUGUGCCCUAUCUCAGCUACUGGCUGCUCGCCGCGCAGGCUACCCUGGGCAUUGCUGCCACAUCAUCGCUGGUUCUCACGUAUAUGUUUGAGAUCCAGGACAGCUGCAGCCUGGUAGCAAGAAUCUCAACUGUUGCGUUUUUCGUCGGCAUCAGCAUGCUGUUCCUGGCGUCGGCCGUGCAGACACAUAUCGUCAACGACAUGUGCAUCAAGAUCUUCUUUAUCAUGCUGGUAGGAUUUGCUGCACAGUUUGUGAUGCUCGGGUUUAUCCUGUCUUCAACGCUGUCAACCAGCAUCGACAUGCGCACCCUCCUGUGCACCUUCGAUAUCACGCAGCCUGGCGACCAGUGGUUCAAGAACCUGCCAAUGUACGCGGCGAUUGCACACUUUGUGCUCUCCUUUUUCUCCUCGAUCUCAAUCAUCAAUGGGGCACUCCGUCUCUGCCCACACACGCGGUUCCUGUCACCGCGCGCCAUCUACCAUGCUUUGAAGGUAUACCGUGGCCUCGGCCUGCUGCUUGUCAAUGGCGUGACUGGCAUCUGCCUGAGCAUCUGUGUGAUUGUGGUUGCGUGUUUCGGGCACUUCCAUUUCUCGCCUUACUGGGUGCUCCAGUGGGCGGUGAUGUCGCGCAUUGUGUCUGUGGCCUUGUGGCACCGUGCGAUGACAGAUCCAGCGGCGCCGGAUGAUGCGGUCUGGGCCAAGCGGGCCGCAGAUAUUGAGCAGGGGCUGAGAAGAAUGAAGGCCGCGGGGGCGCCAAGCCCGUCGGGGUCUGCUGUCACGGCUGUACAGCGUCCUGACACAGUCGUGAGUAACCUGCAGCGCGUGCAAGGUGGAUUCGAGAGACGGCCUUCGGGCAACGGAACCAUGGUCGAGGGAUCGCGGGGCUCCCAGUUUAUUCCGCUGAACACUGCUAGAGCAAUGUUUUCGCCUGGUGCGAGACCCAAUGCAUAAGCAAUAUAUAAUUGCGAACCUGGGUAGAGUGGUGGAGUAAUAGGAUAAUACAUUAAAUAUGAGC